AUCAUGUACGAGAAGGGCGCAUGCUUCUUCCCACAAAAAUCAGCGUUUCGUUACAACUGCAGCAUGCCCUUCGAGACAUGAAAAAUGAUAAAUUGUCUUUAAUAGUCAGAAACGACAGAGAAAUAUUACAAGUUGGGGGGAACGUCCUUGGGGUAAGCAAUUCCAAUAGGCGAGAGGACAAGGCCAGGGAGAGAAUGAGGACACUUGGCAAAAUACUUAGCAUUUCCAGGGACCUUAAUGACAACAUUAAGCAGGCAAAAGAUUUGGUGUUGCCGUCCUCCUUCGAUAAUGUUGUCGAAGCAGCCCUCACUUUGUCUGGUUAUAACUACGAAAAUCAGACAUAUGAGGCAUACUCAACUGCGCUGAGAGUAGGUUUUGCUCUGACAGAUUUGGCGGUUGUUGUUAAGAACAAUAAUAUAAGGGAUCAGAACCGUGAUAACAUCUCAAAAGCAGAUGAUUUCUUGCACCUUUUAAAGAGUGAGUGGCGUGUGAAAGUGUCAGCAUGUGCCCAGCGACAACAGCAGGAGAAGGCUUGGAAAGCACCAAAGAUUCUCCCCUUAACAGAGGAUUGCAUGAAGUUGAAUAAUUUCCUAAAGAAAAGGGAAGAACACCUUAAAGCAGACAUCAGGGAAACUGGUAUGUCAACCACGACAUACAGAGAUCUUGCGCGUAUUACUUUAACUCAAGUAAUAUUAUACAACCGAAGGCGUCCAAAAGAAGUAGAAUUGCUCACAGUAAGGCAUUAUAAAGAAAGUCUUGAGAGCAAGAGACCAGUUCAAGAUGAGGUUAAGAAAUCCCUCACCGCACCAGAAAAAAUAGCCCUGAAGAGGCUGAGUUUGAUAAUGGUGCGGGGCAAAAGAGGAAGAGGGGUUCCCAUACUUCUUCCACCACACUUGAGAGAAAGUAUGGAUUUACUUGCCCACUACAACAAAGACAGAGAAUUUCUCUUUUCAAGGACAAGUGAGGGUGCCUCAACUCCGAUAAGGGCAUAUCAGGUUGUUUCCGACCUAGCUUCUGUUGCAUCGCCCAGAUUAAAACACCCAGAAAACAUGAGAUGUACCAAGCUCAGGAAACACCUGGCAACAUUAUCCCAGUUAAUAGAUUUGAAAAAGAAUGAGUUGGAGCAGCUUGCUACCCACAUGGGCCAUGACAUAUCAGUCCAUCGUGAGUACUACCGUCUCCCUAUGGAGACGGUUCUCUUGGCCAAAAUGAGCAAGCUGCUCCACCUUGCUCAUGAGGGUAAAACAGCCAAGUAUAAAGGCAAGUCCCUCCAAGAUAUCGAUGUUGAGUUAAAUGAGUCAAUUCCGCCGAUUUCAAAUAACGAAGUCAGUGAAAGUGAAGGAGAAAGUGAAGAAGAUGAAAUACAAGAGCAGGAGUUGCGAUGUGAUGAUGUGCACAUCACCAAAUCGCAGAAGAAAGCUCCUGGCAAGGUGAAAAACCUCACAAAGCAUACUGACUACCGUGUAAAAGAUGGUAAAAUGGGCAAAACGUAUCUCAGACAUUAUAACAGGUGGAGCUCCAAACAAGAAAAGUUUCUCCGUGCUCAAAAAGAACUUCAAAUUUUCUUUAAAACCAAAAAAGCACCAGGGAAGUCAUUGUGCAUGUUGAUUCUUAAAAGGGGAGGUCCUCUUCUGGAAUCAAAGACAUGGAUGGAAGUGCGCAAUAAAGUUCAUAAUUUAAAUAACAAAGCGAAAGCAAAACUAAAAAAAAUGGAACUUCAGGCCAAGUGAAAAGUUCAAAUUGCCCUGCAGUCUUUGUAAUUAGGAUAUAUUCGCUGUCAUAAUUACCCUAACCUAAUUAUGUUUUAUACAGAACUUCAAUAGCUGCAUUGCAGUUGGGGAUAUUCUCUCGAAAGGAGAAUUCCGUAUUUUCUCAGUUCUAAGUCAAAAGCAAUUAAAUAGAUAAUUGCGCUGUAUUGAAUCUCACUCGAUCUGCUGCUUAUAGGGCAGAUGACUAAGAUUGCAUGCCUGAGAGUGGCAGAUGAAUUAUCUGCGGCCGACUUUUUUUUCCAUCGUCAUGUCCCCGUCGCACUCACAAAUAAGUUCUAGGUAGCUGCAAACUAUUUACUUUUCUUUCAUUUUUACGAUGUGAUUUCCACUGCACCCCAUCGCAACAGUUAAUUUAUUUCAGAUAAGACACUAAUUGAAAUAAAUCGAGUUGAAUUUUUCCACUCCACCAUUAAUUUAGCUUUAGCGAAAACAGAUUUCUGUACCCGUUAAAAACGUCCGCACUUAAACUCUGGAGAACUGUCUGAAAAUAGCUUUAAUGGCUGAAGUCAUAAAAUGAAUUAAUUGCCUGAAGAUUUUUUUAUUUGUAAUUCAAAACAACUACAUGCACGCCUUUUGAAGGUUCCUAUGAUGUACUUUACCCGUUUAUCUGGGACAAGGAAAGGUUUCUUGGGCAAUACUACAGUAUCCAGGAAACUUGUAAAAAAAACAGCAAUCUGUAAUUUCUAGCUAAACAAAGCCUGCGUAAAUGUUGUAAUUUAAACCACGAUUUUAAAAUAUGUUUGGAAGUGUUUCAGUGGCUCUAGUGCUCUUCAUAAAGGAUAAAAUCCCCAAAUUUCCUUCAUGUGGACAAAAUUUCAAUGCAACCAUUGCAUUGUUGAUUGUAAAUAUGUUGUACAAAAUUGUUGGAUCCUGCCAUCAGGUAGAAAGAUAUAUAGGGAAAAUUUACAACCAUCAUUUUGGAAACAUCAAUUCUGUAAAACCGCAAAUUCUUUUCUUCUGUGGACCAUUUAAUUUUAGACAAAGUGUGGAAAAUGCCACAAUCCCUCAUGCACAAUAAAAUUUUUAAUUGGUGCCACGAAAACGGUGUUGCACUUUUGUCUCUGAUGGUUGCUGGGUACAUAUAAGUUUAUAAUUUGCCGAUAGCCAAUGUCUUGAUGCUUCAAGUUUUUUGCAACUGAGAGUAGAGUACUUGACAAAUAUCAUGCCAGAGUUUGUUUUUACCAUUUAUAUCGAAACCUUUUUUUCAUGGUUGUCCUUAAUGUUGCUAUUUGGGCUGUGUUACUGUUGAUGUCACGUUAAAUCAAACUGAGCUUUUACGAAGAAUCUGAAUGCGUAUGUAGAUUGACUCCUUCAAAUGUGGGGGUUUAUUUUGAUUGAUACUUUUUAACAUUAUAAUGUCGUGUAAAGGCCAGCAGGGACUCAAAGACGAACUUACAUGUACGUGAGGCAUGUCAACGCACCAGCAUUAGCCAUGGCAUGAAACUUCCCGAAAGUACUGAUCAAAAUUCAGUAUUAACUUUUGAAUCCUGUGUAAGUAUUUUGUGUAGUUGUUUCUUUAUGCCCACAGCCAAGUUGUAGUUGGGGGAUGUCACAGUCUACACUGUUAAAUGAUAUAGUUAAAUGAGUAGUAUUGUACUGUAUUUUUCUAACAUUAAUCUACUAUUAACAAAGUUUAAAAGUAAAUAAACGUGUUUGUUACACUAUUUACUGCGCUUUUGUGAAUGUAGGACAAUACUGUAUAAUUAACAGUAAUAUUUAACGGUAUAAGCUUUGUCCUCAAUUUGCAUAUUGACACAAAUGGAGCGAUGCUACUUUUGCCGAGUAAUUUUCGUUACGCAAGUAGGCUAUUUGACAUUAGUCUGACAAAUGUUCGUGCUUUUUGUAAGUACUUUUACACGUAAAUGCGAACCAUUCCCUAAAACCGAUAAAUUGAACGUAAAAAAAUGAAAAAUCUUACUUGUUCAUAUUCUAUCCAUGAUUGUCCAUGGAAGCCGAACAGUGCACAUUAUGUGGCAUGCCAGUGCACAUUAGGAAUGUAAAUAAGGUUCCGACGCGACCAAGGCAUCUAAACAUGAAGUUUGCAUAUCUGAAAUACGUAAUUAUAUUUUAACUGUUAAAAUUAACAUGAAUUUGAUAAUCCUUUAUCAAUAGAACUUAUACCUAAAUACAUAUGUAGAAUGAACCUGAAAUCAAUGAAAACUGUAACUUGCUGUUCUAAUGUAUACAUACAAUUAAAUGAGAUGAUACUGUUGUGUUACGGUUAAUUACUGUCCAAUAAAUGACAACGAUUUACCGUAACAAAUUACCAUAAAUCAUAAACAAUAGUAUACUGGCGCCCGUGCUUUUCCAGUAUUAAGUCCGGAAAA